CUCCUGGGCUCAAAGGAUCUUCCUGCCUUGGUUUCCCUAAGUGCUGGGAUUAUAGGUGUGAGCUGCGGUGCCUGGCCCUUUCCUGUCUUUUAUGAAACCUGAAUAGGAUAGGCUGGUAGUUUCACCACACCCAUUUGACAGAUGAGGACAUUGAGGGCUCAAGGACGAGGCCACUUUCUAAGGUGUGAGAGACCAGCUAGUCUUGGUCUCCUGCUCUGGGAAUCUCACUCAUCUGGCUCAGGGUUUCCAGAAGCCAUAAAACCUUAGCUGUAAAUCCCAGCCCCCAUCACUCUUGGUGUUAGCUGUAUUUCAGUGUUCUUAAGAACUCGGCAAUGCAGCCUAGCUAACCUACACCACAGGUCAAAUAAACAGAUGUCAAGGUGCAUGUGUGUCCUGCACAAUGGACUGUGUGCUCUGUGCACUAAAAGUUAAGUGUCUGGGGUGGGGGCUGGGUGCGGCGGCUCAUGCCUGUAAUCCCAGCACUUUGAGAGGCCGAGGAGGGUGGAUCACCUGAGGUCAGGAGUUCAAGACCAGCACGGGCAACAUGGCAAAACCCCAUCUCUACUAAAAAUACAAAACAUAGCCGGGUGUAAAGGUGUGCCUGUAGUCCCAGCUGCUCCAGAGGCUGAAGCAGGAGAAUUGCUUGAACCCAGGAGGCAGAGGUUGUAGUGAGCGGGAGAUGGCACCACUGCACUGCCUGGGCAACAUAGGGAGGCUACAUCUCCAGAAAAAAAAAAAAAAAAAGUUAAGUGUCUGGGUUUGCAGAGUACUAGACAGUGAGGAGUGAGGUGGGGAGGAAGAACCCCAAAUUUCUUGCCCUAUUUGCCCCCAUCAAAUUCCUCAACAUGGUCAACAUUGUUUCUAGAACAUGUCCUGGGAUUGUGGGAAGGGAGACCACUCAUUUGCCCCUCCCUAAAGCUUCUGGGCUUCCAGACCCAGCUACUUUGCGGAACUCAGCAACCCAGGCAUCUCUGAGUCUCCGCCCAAGACCGGGAUGCCCCCCAGGGGAGGUGUCCGGGAGCCCAGCCUUUCCCAGAUAGCACGCUCCGCCCGUCCCAAGGGUGCGCAACCGGCUGCACUCCCCUCCCGCGACCCAGGGCCCGGGAGCAGCCCCCAUGACCCACACGCACGUCUGCAGCAGCCCCGCUCACGCCCCGGCGAGCCUCAACCCAGGCGUCCUGCCCCUGCUCUGACCCCGGGUGGCCCCUACCCCUGGCGACCCCUCACGCACACAGCCUCUCCCCCACCCCCACCCGCGCACGCACACAUGCAGAUAACAGCCCCGACCCCCGGCCAGAGCCGCAGAGUCCCUGGGCCACCCCGGCCGCUCGCUGCGCUGCGCCGCACCGCGCUGUCCUCCCGGAGCCGGACCGGGGCCACCGCGCCCGCUCUGCUCCGACACCGCGCCCCCUGGACAGCCGCCCUCUCCUCCAGGCCCGUGGGGCUGGCCCUGCACCGCCGAGCUUCCCGGGAUGAGGGCCCCCGGUGUGGUCACCCGGCGCGCCCCAGGUCGCUGAGGGACCCCGGCCAGGCGCGGAGAUGGGGGUGCACGAAUGUCCUGCCUGGCUGUGGCUUCUCCUGUCCCUGCUGUCGCUCCCUCUGGGCCUCCCAGUCCUGGGCGCCCCACCACGCCUCAUCUGUGACAGCCGAGUCCUGGAGAGGUACCUCUUGGAGGCCAAGGAGGCCGAGAAUAUCACGACGGGCUGUGCCGAACACUGCAGCUUGAAUGAGAAUAUCACUGUCCCAGACACCAAAGUUAAUUUCUAUGCCUGGAAGAGGAUGGAGGUCGGGCAGCAGGCUGUAGAAGUCUGGCAGGGCCUGGCCCUGCUCUCGGAAGCUGUCCUGCGGGGCCAGGCCCUGUUGGUCAACUCUUCCCAGCCGUUGGAGCCCCUGCAGCUGCAUGUGGAUAAAGCCGUCAGUGGCCUUCGCAGCCUCACCACUCUGCUUCGGGCUCUGGGAGCCCAGAAGGAAGCCAUCUCCCCUCCAGAUGCGGCCUCAGCUGCUCCACUCCGAACAAUCACUGCUGACACUUUCCGCAAACUCUUCCGAGUCUACUCCAAUUUCCUCCGGGGAAAGCUGAAGCUGUACACAGGGGAGGCCUGCAGGACAGGGGACAGAUGACCAGGUGUGUCCACCUGGGCAUAUCCACCAACUCCCUCACCAACAUUGCUUGUGCCGCACCCUCCCCCGCCACUCCUGAACCCCGUCGAGGGGCUCUCAGCUCAGCGCCAGCCUGUCCCAUGGACACUCCAGUGCCAGCAAUGACAUCUCAGGGGCCAGAGGAACUGCCCAGAGAGCAAUUCUGAGAUCUAAGGAUGUCACAGGGCCAACUUGAGGGCCCAGAGCAGGAAGCAUUCAGAGAGCAGCUUUAAACUCAGGGACAGAGCCAUGCUGGGAAGACGCCUGAGUUCACUCGGCACCCUGCAAAAUUUGAUGCCAGGACACGCUUUGGAGGCGAUUUACCUGUUUUCGCACCUACCAUCAGGGACAGGAUGACCUGGAGAACUUAGGUGGCAAGCUGUGACUUCUCCAGGUCUCACUGGCAUGGGCACUCCCUUGGUGGCAAGAGCCCCCUUGACACCGGGGUGGUGGGAACCAUGAAGACAGGAUGGGGGCUGGCCUCUGGCUCUCAUGGGGUCCAAGUUUUGUGUAUUCUUCAAUCUCAUUGACAAGAACUGAAACCACCAA